AUGGGUAAGACAACCGUUGCCAAAGCGGUUUUUAACCGAAUAUACAAUGAAUUUGAAACAAGUUGUUUCUUAGAAAAUGUGAGAGAAAAAUCAACAAAGGAUGGUUUAGCUAAAUUGCAAGAACUUCUCAAAGAGUCCCUAAAGGAUAAUAGUAUAAGCAUAUCAAGUUCGGAUAGGGGAAUCAAUCUAAUAAAGCAUAGACUUCAGUGCAAAAAGAUUCUUAUAGUUCUUGAUGAUGAGGAGCAAUUACAAAAUUUAGUUGGAGUAAGAGAGAAUUGGUUUGGUUCAGGAAGUAGGAUUAUCAUAACAACUAGGAAUGAAUGGUUAUUGACAAAGUAUGGUGUUAAAAGAUGCAAGGUUGACCUAUUCGAUGACAAUGAAGCACUUCAACUUUUCAGUUGGCAUGCAUUCAAGUUGAACAAUCCUGUACAAGAAUUUCGAGCCCUCUCACACCGUGUAAUAAAGUAUGCCCAAGGACUUCCAUUAGCUUUUCAAGUUCUGAGAUCUCAUUUGUGUCAAAGAAGCAAAAAAUACUGGGUAAGUGAAUUGGAUGAUAUGGAAAGCAAACUUCACCAGAAAAUUCACGAUGUUCUUAAGAGAAGUUUUGAUGGCCUCGAUAAAAAUCAAAAGUCAAUAUUCCUCAAUAUUGCGUGUUUUUCCAAAGGAUAUGACAAAAGCAUUGCAAUGGAUUAUUUUGAGAGUAGUAAAUCUCAAUCAGAAUGUGGAAUAGAAGCUCUUAUUGAGAGGUCCCUAAUCACUAAAUCGAAAUAUAACAAUCUUUUGAUGCAUGAUUUGAUACAAGAAAUGGGUCGAGAAAUUGUGACAAAUAAUAUUGAAGGCAUUUUGUUACCAAAAGUCAGCGAUAUGCAUGGUUUGAUACCGAUACGAGAUCUGGAUGAUAAGUUUCGAGAUCUGUAUGAUUUUAUAGGACAAGAAUUUGAUCAAAAAAUUGUUGAUCAAGAAUCUAAAGAUCCGUAUCUUGGAGAAUGUUUGCCACUUCCAAGAAGUCUUGUUCGUCUUGAAUUACCAUAUGGCCUCAUCAAACAAAUUGAGGAACCAAAGAAUUUAAAAUUCAUUGAUCUUCGUUAUUGCACGAAAUUGAAAAAGACUCCUAAUUUGUCCCUAUUUCCAAGUUUGGAGGCAUUGAUUCUUGAAGAUUGCGGAAGUCUAAUUGAGGUUCAUCCGUCCAUUAAAUUUCAUGAAAGACUUGCUAAGUUAAGUUUCAAGAGAUGCCAAAAUCUGAAGAGCCUUACAAGAAGUAUUAAUUUUCAAUCUCUCAGAUCGCUUAAAAUCCAAGGCUGCUCAAAACUUGAGAAGUUUCCAGUGAUGUAA